GAUUCUUUGAAUGAUCGUGUUUCCAUAUUAAAAUCUUGUAUCGCCAUUACCAAGCAAGAUGAGUGACGAAGAAAGUGUUCCGUUGUAUAAAAUCGUGUUGGCUGGCGAUCUUGGUGUGGGAAAAACCUCUAUAUUUCGCAGAUAUGAUAUCGACAAGUUCUCAGAUUACAGGGAGCCAACAUUUGGACUGGACAAAUUGAGCAAGGACAUUAAAGUCGAUGGAAAACGAUUGAAGAUCAUUGUGUGGGACACUGCUGGAAUGGAGAGAACAAGAUCACUCACUUCAAACUACUACCACAAUUCUGAAGCUGUUAUUCUGGUCUACGCCAUUGAUGACAUGUACUCUCUUACACUGCUGCGAAAUUGGAUCUUAGAUGUUAACAAGGAUGCAGGGAAGGCUUUAAAAUUUCUUGUUGGAAACAAAAUUGACCUGGCAGAAGAAGGUUCUCAAGUCGAUGAACAGUUGGCUCACAGAUUUUGUGAGAACAAUGGAAUAACAAAACUGUAUAAAGUGUCUGCCAAGACUGGCAAAGGAGUGAGGGAGAUGUUUGAUGAUAUUGCAAAGUUGUUGCUUGCCAACAAAGAGUCCACUACAAGGGGUGAAAAUAUUUUUACUCUCAAAAGGGAGGACAUGAAUAAACAAGCUAAGAAAGAAAAUGGCUGUUCAUGUUGACAGAGUGUUGCGACUGAAAUUAAAAAAUUAAGUUAUUGUUUUUGUUAAAUUGUUAUUUACAGCAUGACAGGAGAGUUCAUUUGCUUAAAUCUAUGAUUAUAUAAUAUUUGUCCAUUAGAGGUAAAGUUUCACACCUCAUCAGAAGCCACCCCUAAACUCAUAUCACAAGAAAAUAAAAAAAUUCCCUUGGGCUGAGUUACACUUGUCCAUGGUUGAAAGUUUACCAACAUAUACGUAGCAUGUUUUGCUUCUUGCUUAGAUUUUAAUAGAUGGAAAGAUUUUAUGUUCCCCGCUAGAAAUAUAACAAAAGAGUAAUUUCUCCUUGUAUUUAUAACUUUUUGUUACAAUUACAUAUACCUAUCCUUUUUUUUAUACAAAUUACUUGCAGUAAAUGUAUCUAUUUAUAUUGUUUAUUAUGGACAGUCUUAUCUUGAUUUGCUACUGGUUUUUCAGUACAAAUAUAUUAUGAUUCAGCACC